GGCUGAAGGUGAUCUUCGAUUUGUAUCCGCAAGUCGCGUCCCAGCCGUCAGACUAGCUCGGAGUUAAUGCAGAGACUCGUCGUCGACCUGUAUCCUCUUUCCUCCUUUGCCCCUCGCUCGACCUCGUGAACAGAACCACUAUCGACAUCAACCCCAUCGACUUCAGCACCGAUCGACCUCGCCUCUUUCUCCUUCUUCACCGAAUCCUCUUCGAUCACCAUCACCAAAAAGGACCUUCAAGGAACAACACUCAUCCACAAUGCCCAAAGCCGCUAAAGGAAAGAAGGUCGCCCCCGCCCCUUACACCGCCGGAGGUGCCAAGUCCAAGAAGACUGCCCAGAACCCUCUCUUCGAGAAGAAGUCGAGGUCGUUCGGUAUCGGUGGAGACUUGCCCCCCAAGGCUGACUUGACCCGAUUCGUCAAGUGGCCCGAGUACGUCAGGCUCCAGAGGCAGAAGGUCAUCCUCAACCAGAGGCUCAAGGUCCCCCCUGCGAUCGCCCAGUUCGGCAACACCUUGGACAAGAACACCGCCACCCAGCUCUUCCAGCUCUUGAACAAGUACAAGCCCGAGUCCAAGCAGGAGAAGAAGGCCCGUCUCCUCAAGGAGGCCGAGUCCAAGACCGCCGAGGGCGAGAAGUCCACCACCAAGGACUCCAAGAAGCCCCUCUUCGCCAAGUACGGGUUGAACCACUGUGUCGCCCUCAUCGAGGCCAAGAAGGCUUCUUUGGUCGUCAUUGCCGACGACGUCGACCCCAUCGAGUUGGUCGUCUUCUUGCCCGCUCUCUGCAGGAAGAUGGGUGUCCCUUACGUCAUCGUCAAGAACAAGGCCCGUCUCGGAACAGUUGUCCACAAGAAGACUGCUGCCGUCGUCACCUUGCAGGACGUCCGAUCCGAGGACAACCAGGCUUUGUCCACCCUCGUCCAGGCCGCCAAGGCCAACUUCGGUGACAAGUACGAGGACGCCAGGAGGCACUGGGGUGGUGGUAUCCGAGGAAACAAGUCCAUCGCCAAGCUCAGGAAGAGGGCCAAGGCCGCCGGUGUCAACCAGAACACCGUCUCCACCACCCUCUAAACGGGAUUCGUGGUUGGAGUUGUCUAGUCGUGUACUUUUUUUUCUUUUCUUUUUGGAUUUUAUUUUUCAAAAGAGGGAUUAUGAGAACAGACAUACACCACACGCUCGUAUGUGGCAGGUCAGCGAUCCGUCGUCUCUCGCCUGUAUCUAGCACGUAAAUAGUACUUUGUGCCUGCGUAUAGCUGGGAGUUGGAUGGGCGAUGACCUGUUUUCAAUACAUUGCGUCUCACCCUUUUG